AGUUCUUUUUGUUUAUCUUUGUUUCAUCUACGCUUCUCAAUUAUUAUUCUAUCUUUAUUCUUUCUAAAUUUUUUUAUUCGUAUUUAUUAUGGCGCGUAAUUAUAAACGUGAAUACAGGAUAUUAUAUAAAUUAAAUACCAUAAUUUCUUUUUUAAAAAUUAUAAUAUAUUAAACUUUAAUAUUCAAAUUACGAAAAACAUAUAGACUACAUUCUCAUCUUUAUAAUUUCUGAGAUAUUAAUAUGUCUCUUAUAUAUAAUAAUUUUUUGAUGUAUAAUAUUUUUAUGAUAGAAAUUUAUAAAUUUGGACAAAAACUUUUGAUAUUAGAAAUUUAAAUUAGAAGCAUAUAAUUCAAGAAGUGAUAUUAAAAAUAUUAAUUAUUAUAUUGAAAAUACAGAUUUUUAAAUUCCUAAUACACAUACAUCUCGUUUCAUGUAUAUUUUAAUACAUUUAUACCUGUAAAAUCGCGACCUCUACAUACACAUAUUUUUAAUUCAAGUGUCGGUUACUUUUUAUACUUUGUAUUAUUCAUUUUCAUUAAAUUUUUUAAAUGUUACAGUGGAAAAAAUAUGGAAAAUAUAAAGUUAAGUCCAUCAAUGGCUUUAAAAUUAAAAACUAGAAAUAAUGUCAAUAGAAUUAGACACAGUUCUCCAAAAUUACAAGAAGUUUUAAGAGAGAGAUGUCGAGAGAGAAUGCGAGAAAAACGAGGGCAGUUAUUUAAUAGAAAUAGAUUUGGUUUAGAAAUAAAUUCAAAAAAUGUACAAGAUACAUUAACUGAAAUUGUUCGUAAAGAAUUAAAUAAUCUGGCUACUACAGAUUUAAAUCCAAUUUUGAAUCCUUUUUUUGUAAAUGAACCACUUGAUCCAGAAGAAGCAAUUGAACUUGAAGCUAAAAUACUUGAUGAAGAAGAACAAUGGAUAUUAGAAGAAUAUGAAAGAAUGGUACAAGAAGAAAUUGAAGUAUUAGCACUUAAAGCAGAUCAACAAGUAAAUGAAGUUAUUUGUCCUAUAUGUCAGAAAUCUAAUUUAAUAGAAAAAGAAAAUAAAGUAGCUUGUGAAUCUUGUGAUUUUGUAUUAGACAAUUGUCUAAGUGUGAAGGAAAUAGGAUGUCUUAUUAAUAAUUGUGUAAAUAUUCAUUCUAUACAAUGUAAGGAAUUACCUGGUUUCUUGCCACUUUUUGAAAACAAUAAGAUGUCUUUAUAUCUAAUUUGUGAUGAAUGUUCAACUUGGACAUUUAUAAUAUAGAUUUUAAUAUUCUUCAAUUAGUGAAGAUUUUUAAAAUUUAUGAAAUUGCUGAAAAAAAUUUUUUCCAUCUUAUUAUCCAUAAUUGAUUAAUAAUAAUAACUUUAAUUUUAAAUAAUAUAUCUAAUAGAAGCAAAUAUUAAACAUAAUAUCAUAAUAUCUAAUCAAGUAUGGGUAAUAAGAUAUAAUAAUAAAAAUAAAAAAAACAUGAAUAAAAAAUUAAUAACUUUUAAUUUGUUAAAUUCAUGAAAAAGAAAGUAAAAUUUAAUUUGUUUAUGGAGGUAAUCAUUUGAAUAAUAAUACAUGAAUUUUUAUAUGAUUAUAUGAUACAUAUUGUACAAAAAACAUCCCUUUGUUGAUUUGUUUAUAUUAUUUAUCAUUUAUACAUACAUAAUAUAAAGUUAAAUAAAAGAUAACUGUAUAUUGUAAAAAUUAAUUAAACAUAUUUAUAAAAGUAAAAUUUUAGCAAUUAUUAAAAAUUAUUUCAAGAUUUGUUUUCUAAAGAUUGUCUACCGUUUUUGAUAUUUAAUACAUAAUAUAUACAAUAGGUAUUUAUAGAUAUUAAAACUAAUAAUAUUACAAUAUACAGAAGUCUUUUAUAACCUUAAACUCUAAUUUUUGAAUUUUUUUAUGAUGAUUUGUACAUUAUCACAUGAAAUUUCGUAUUAAAAACUUCAUAUUUAAUAACAUUAAUAAUAUAUAAACUUAUAAUUUGUGAGCAACCCAUUUUUUUAUAUACGUUCGAUUUUUUGCAAUAUAAAUUUUUAUUCUUUUAAAAUUAUUACUAUGCAAGUAUCAACAGUUAUAUAUUUAUCAUAGAAUGCAAAAUUAAAAUCAAAAACAUUUUAAGUGAUUUAGUUAAAUUGCAACUUUUAAAUUAUUAAAAACACAAUUAAUUAAAUAUUUUUAACAAUUAAUAUUUCUUAUUCCAGUCUCUUGUUACAAUUUUAUGGCACUAAUUUCAUUUUAGAUGUAUUCAAAUAUAUAUUUUCAUAUAGCAUACAAAAAUCAAUUAAUUACUUGAUGUUAAUUUGUUAUAAACAAUUCUUUAUUUGUCAUUUUAAUGAAAGAGUUUCCAAAAUUAAAAUAUCUUUCCAUGAAAGUUAUAUUUCAACUAUUAUAAAAAUAUAUCGAUAAUAUAACAUGUAUUUGAGUCGCAAAAUAUGUUAUUUAUAAAUAUAUUUAUCUUAAAGCUGUAUGAAAUAUUAUCAGAAAAGAAAUAGAAUAAUUUCAAGAAAUAAUGAUUCUUUUUUUUAUGAUUGCAAGUGGCAUAUUUAGUUAAAAACAAGCAUAGUAAAAAUAUGGAAUGGUUUGCUCUACACAUUUUUCCUUCCUUUUUUUUUAAAUAUUAGCAUUAGUAUAUACAUAUACAUAUAUAUAUAUAUAUAUGUAUAUAUAUAUAUAUAUAGGCAAUUAUUAUAAUGAAUUUAAUGAAUUAACAAAAAAAGAAAAAAAUUUAAGAACGAAAAAAAGAAAGGAAUUUAUGAUAAAAAAUUUUUAUCGCAAUAUAUGAGUGUAAAAUUACAUAAUUUUUUUUUUAAUGCUGAAUGAACAUAAUACGUAAUGUACGUAAUUAUAUAAUAAAUAUGAAUGUACUUUCCAUUUUGUUAAUAUUUUAUAUGAAUAAUUGCGAUAAUCGCUAUAAAAAAGGAUGUUUAAAUCUCAGUGUGUUCCAAAUUUAUGUAACAGUCUGUAUAUUAUAAUAUGUAUUUUGUUAAACGUUGUGAGUAAAUUCAUGUAUACAUCUUCAUAUUUUUUUUUUAACAAUUAGUUAUUAAAUUUUAUGAUCACAAUUUUGAAAAGUAUAAGGGAAAAAAUUGCACUUUAAGUCCUUUCCAUUUUCAAUCACUAUCAUUGCAAAAAGAAAUCUGAAAGCUUACUAUAAGAAGAAUCAUCUUAAAAAUUUUCACAUAAGUUUCUUUCCUAAAUUAGCUUACUGCUACGGUAACUCCUUUUCUUUUGCUCUUUUUUUCAAUAUAUAAGCAAAUCACGUUUCACGACGUAUUUGCAUAUUACAAUUGGUCACUGAGUUGAUCGUCGUCGUUCUGUGCGAUCGACUGCUGCGAGUGCUUCUUCGGGUAGACGACCAGGAUCUGAUAGAAUAUCAGUGGCAGUACACAGAUAUCUUAGAGAAUUCAGAACAGCU